AAACGGCAACUGUCUAUCAAUUCCAUCAAGACUGCAUUAGCGCUCAGUGAGUACGACUCCGGAAGGGGCGGGCUUUGUGAAGAUGGCGGCGCCGGAGGUGCUGCAGGCUGACCUGCCGAGUGCGGUAACACUUUUAAAAAACCUCCAGGAGCAGGUGAUGGCUGUGACUGCUCAAGUGCAAGCGUUGACUAAAAAAGUUCAAGCUCGAGCCUAUCCUACAGAAAAGGGUCUUAGCCUCUUGGAAGUAAAAGACCAGCUGCUGCUCAUGUACCUUAUGGAUCUGAGUCAUCUCAUCAUGGACAAAGCUUCAGGAGGGUCUCUGCAGGGACAUGCUGCAGUUUUGAGGCUAGUGGAGAUUCGCACGGUUUUGGAAAAGCUUCGUCCCUUGGACCAAAAACUGAAGUAUCAAAUUGACAAAUUGGUCAAGACUGCAGUGACAGGCAGCCUCAGUGAGAAUGACCCGCUCCGUUUUAAACCUCAUCCCAGCAAUAUGAAGAGCAAGUUACUUUCUGAGGAUGAGGAGGAAGAUGAAGCAGAGGAUGGCCAGUCUGAGGCUUUAGGAAAGAAAUCUGUAAAAGGAACAGUUAAGAAAUAUGUGCCUCCACGCUUGGUUCCAGUACAUUACGAUGAAACAGAAGCUGAGCGGGAGAAGAAGCGCCUGGAACGAGCCAAGAGACGGGCGUUGAGCAGCUCUGUCAUUCGUGAACUGAAGGAGCAGUACUCAGAUGCUCCAGAGGAGAUCCGCGAUGCUCGGCAUCCUCAUGUCACCCGCCAGAGUCAGGAGGAUCAACACAGGAUUAACUAUGAAGAGAGUAUGAUGGUGCGUUUAGGUGUCAGUAAGCGAGAGAAAGGACGGCAGAAACGAGCAGCGCUCAUGAGCUCACAACUUCAUUCCCUCACGCACUUCAGUGACAUCAGUGCUUUGACAGGGGGAACCCCUCAUCUUGAUGAGGAUCAGAAUCCUAUUAAGAAGCGGAAGAAGAUAUCUAAGAAAGGCCGGAAGAAAAAAGGUUUUCGGAGGCGAUGGUGAUUAUGGGUGUACAUGUUUAUAUACACACACACACUUGUCAUCCUUGGAUACUUCUAAUUUCACUGUAUGUAGGUUUUUCCUUGGAAUUCAUUAAUUGCUCUACACAUAUACAUGAAAAGAUCUUUAUAUUAAUAAAGUUGACUGUACUUAU